AUGGGAAAUAACAAUGUCUGUCUAGCUGAAAUACCUGUCAAUCAAACAAAUCACACCUCUCCUAAAACUAAAUCAAAAUGGAAAAGGGAAGAUUUAACAUCUGGUUCUUGUAUCUAAACACUUGUUGAUAAAGAAAAUAAUCCAGAUUUCUAUACUCAUUUUUAAUGUGGUUAAGCAUUACCUUAAUAUCGCAAUAACUUAUCUUAAUAAAGAUGGAUGGAGGCUAUCAAUAGCUUAAGUACAAUCAAUGAUUCAUAAGAAACUAUUAAUUCGUUACUUGAUAGACCAGAAUUUAAGGAACUAGUUUUAUUAGGUCCACCUAAACAAUUUAGAUGGUUAAGUUGGAUGAAUUUGUUAACUAAAUGUUAACCACAUGUUAGUUAUGAAAAGUAUUUAGAAUAUGCACCAUCAGAUAUAUCUAACAUCAUCAAUGAUAUAAAUCGUACUCUUGUUGAUUCUGCUUUAUUUAAACAUAGAAGUUGUGGAUAAGAAUAAUUAAAAAGGAUUCUCUGUGCUAUAUCUAAUGCUUUACCAACUAUGGGUUAUUGUUAAGGUAUGAAUUUUAUUUGUGCUGUUCUUCUUAUUGUUUCUGGUUGUGAUGAACAUCAAGUAUUUUAAGCUUUUAUGUAAAUGCUUAUUAAUGAAUAACACUUAUUAUGUUUUGCAUUCUCUGAUGAUAUGCCACUUCAUUCUUUUUUGACUAACUUGAUACAUUAACAAAUUAAAAAGAAAUUUCCUAAACUUAACUUAUAGAAUAUAUGUGAUUCAUUUUGGCUAAGUAAAAUGAUUUUAUCUCUUUUCACUUAUGUAUUCAAAAUGGAAGAUUGUAUAAGAUGUUGGGACUAUUUAAUGGUUCGUGGAAUGAUUCGUGGAAUUCCUGAAUUAAUACUAGCAUAUAUUGAUGCUACUUAUAAUUAAUUAUCUAAAUUUCAUGAGGAAGAUUUUGCUUAGAAUUUCAAGAAUCCUGAAACUACAACAAUCAAAUUUAAUGUUGGUGAACUCAUAUAUUUAGCUAAUUCUAAUUAUAGUUUAGAUAAAUCAUUCAUAUCAAAAUUAGCUAAGAAUAUGAGAGAUAAAAAUAAACCUUCAUAAUUAUUAGACCUUUUAUAAUAUUUCAACAAUCCUCAACUCUAUAAGAAACAUGUAUCAUUUUAUAUUAACACUAUUUUUAAUUGA